AAUAUAUUAUAUAAGUGAAUAUGUCAGUAACAUUGCAUACAGACGUUGGAGAUAUUAAAAUUGAAUUAUAUUGCGAGCAAUGUCCAAAAGCUUGUGAGAAUUUCUUAGCUUUGUGUGCUAGUGACUAUUAUAACGGAUGCCUUUUUCAUAGAAAUAUAAAGGGCUUCAUAGUACAAACGGGAGAUCCCACAGGCACAGGGAAAGGUGGGACAUCAAUUUGGGGACGUAAAUUUGAAGAUGAAUUCAAAGAAGAGCUAAAGCACAAUGCGAGAGGAAUGGUGAGCAUGGCUAACAAUGGUCCUAACUCCAAUGGCAGCCAAUUUUUCUUCACUUAUGGAGAACAACCACAUUUAGACCUAAAAUACACAUUGUUUGGCAGAAUUAUAGAUGGAUUUGAAGCACUGGAUGAUUUAGAAAAAAUGACUGUCAACCCAAAGACCUACAGACCACUCACCGAAGCCAAGAUCACAUCAGUUACUAUACAUGCAAAUCCAUUAGCUGGAUAACAAU